AUGACAUUUGGCGCAUGCUGUUCGUCAAGCAGCGCUCAAUUCGCAAAAAAUUUAAACGCGGAGCGAUUUAAAACCGAGUUUCCGACAGCGUACGAAGCUAUAACGAAAUCACACUAUGUUGAUGAUAUGCUAAGUGUCGCGUCCGAGGAAGAGGCGAUUCGAGUAGCUAAAGACGUUAAACACGUGCACGCACAAGGUGGAUUUGAGAUAAGGAACUGGCUCAGUAAUUCACGAUCAGUUACCACAGCGCUACAUGAAGAGAGACAAGUAGAAAAAUGUCUGGAUUUGUCCUCGGAAUUAUCUGCCGAAAAAGUUUUGGGGAUGUGGUGGAACACAACUUUAGAUUUUUUCACCUUUAAAAUUGGUUGGACGCGCUACGAUGCGACACUACUGAAAGGAACAAAACGUCCCACCAAACGAGAAGUGUUACGAAUUCUGAUGUCCAUAUACGACCCGCUCGGGUUGAUCGCCCAUUUUCUUUCUUACUUGAAGUUUCUGCUGCAGGAAAUUUGGCGAUCCGGCGUCGAUUGGGACGAAGAGAUAAACGACGACGCAGUCACUAAAUGGCAGGGAUGGCUGAACGUGCUGCCACAAGUCGAGAAUGUCAAAAUUGCCCGAUGUUACUUCCCCAGUUUUCCAGUUAGCGAGGCCGAUGAAAUUCAGCUACAUACGUUUGUUGAUGCAGGGAAAAAUGGAAUAGCAGCCGUUUCGUUUCUGCGAACUAUCAAAGACGGAAAGAUUCACUGCUCACUUGUCGCUUCCAAGACGAAGGUAGCACCUUUGAAGCUCACGUCCGUUCCUCGUCUUGAACUACAUGCGGCAGUAAUUGGAACACGACUAUCACUAACACUUCUAGAUACGCUGUCGAUAGGUAUCACGAAAAAAUUCUACUGGUCGGACUCCAGAGAUGUUCUUUGCUGGAUUAACUCCGACCAUCGCCGGUACAGCCAAUUCGUUGGCUUCAAAGUAACCGAAAUCUUGGAAGCUACAGAAGCAAGCGAAUGGCGCUAUGUGCCAAGUAAAUUAAACGUUGCUGAUGACGCUACAAAAUGGGCUGGGUGCCCUGACUUAUCCGCUGAAAGCAGAUGGCUAAAUGGGCCGGAUUUUCUCUGGACAACGACAGACGCUUGGCCACAAAUAUCGAUACGCAAUGAUUCCACUAACGUUGAGCUCACGGCAAACUGCCUCAUCCACUGCACCAUUGUUGAAAUUUUUUCCAGCUGGAACCACCUUAAAAGAGUAUCAGCUUGGGUACUACGGUUUCCCACUAACUGUCGUUCCAAGCGCCGAAAGGAACCGAUGCUGACAGGAGAACUCACCAAACGUGAACUGUGUUGUGCUGAAACACACCUACUUCUUAUUGCUCAACGAGUAGGUUACCCUCAGGAAUGGUUUGCUCUAUGUGAUGCAACAAAAAGCGAUCGAGCGCUUGUAAAAUCCAGCCCGCUGUAUAAACUAAUGCCGUGUUUGGAUGAAAACGGCCUGAUGCGAAUGAGAACGAUAAUAGGAGCCUGCCAGUUUGCCACGAACGAUGCCAAAAAACCCAUCAUCUUACCUCAAAAACACCACAUCACUGCUUUAAUUGUGUCACACUACCAUGAGAAAUAUCACCACCAUAAUCACGAAACUGUGAAUAACGAAAUACGCCAAAAGUUUCAAAUCAGUCGUUUACGCACCCGCUAUUCUCAAGCUCGCCGAAACUGUCAAAGAUGCAAGAAUGACCAAACGUCACCAAAGCCACCCAUUAUGGCAGAUCUGCCUCCUGGUCGCCUUGCUGCCUUUUCACGCCCCUUUACGCAUGUGGGAAUUGAUUACUUCGGCCCAAUCGAAGUUGUCGUUGGCCGAAGAGUUGAAAAACGCUGGGGAAUGCUCGCCACAUGCCUCACCGUUCGGGCGAUUCACAUUGAAAUUGUUCACUCAUUAACCACCAGCUCGUGCAUUAUGGCAAUUCAGAAUUUCAUCGCUCGGCGUGGUCAGCCUAGAAAAAUUAACAGUGACCGGGGAACGAAUUUUUUCGGUGCACAACGCGAGCUACAACAGCUUAACAAAUCCAUCGACCACGAUUUGAUAAUGCGCGAAUUUACGAACACCGAGACCGAAUGGGUGUUCAACCCUCCGCAAGCUCCACACAUGGGCGGAAGCUGGGAACGGUUGAUACGAACCGUAAAGGUAAACAUGAUGACCGUCAUUGCAACCAAGAGACCAACCGAUGAAGUACUUCACAAUGUCCUAGUGGAAAUCGAGAAUACCGUGAACUCGAGACCACUAACGCAUGUCCCAGUGGACGAUGAUUCCGGCCCGGCUCUUACUCCUAACCACUUUCUGCUGGGGUCGUCGAACGGUGUAAAACCCCUAGUAACUCUGGACAGCAGCGGACGUGUACUGAAGCAGAAUUGGUGCUGCUCACAAAUCAUCGCGAACCAGUUUUGGAAACGAUGGGUCAACGAUUAUUUGCCAGAGAUUACCCGUCGCUCAAAAUGGUUUCAUCCCGUGAAACCCAUCGUCGCUGGAGAUGUAGUGGUUAUCGUGGAUCCCAAGCUUCCACGAAACUGCUGGCCGAAGGGAAAAAUAAUCAGCGCAACUCCUAGCCGAGAUGGCCAAGCCCGAGUUGCAACCGUACGUACCGCUAAUGGAGUGUAUCAGCGACCCGUCACACAAUUGGCAGUUCUGGACGUUCAGCGCGUCGAAUAG